AUGGAUAGUUAUCCGCGUGGUGAAAGAAACCACCAGAAUCGGUCACCUGCCGCAUGUGCCCGUGGUGAAAACCCCGGGGUUUUGUUGAAAUAUGGACGCGUGUAUGCAAGAAUCGAAAAGGAAGAACAGUCAACAAACAGAACAAAGGACAAAUGCUCCUUUGUUGUCCAACCAAAAGAUCCGAACGGACCACCAGACCGGGAACAACCUUGCAGCAAAUUAUUUGCGUUGCUGUUGACAUGA